UCGUCUUAUAUAAAUAAGACUCCAAUUUGCCGCUUCGCCGGGAUCAGCUUCGACGAAGUUGGAAGUAUUUCAAGCGAAUUUCUCCGCCGAACUCUUCCGUCCUCUUUCUCCGGCGAAAUCCAUUCAUAGCUUUGAAUACUUGUUGUUUGCACAUAAUGACCAAAAAGAGAGAAAUAGAAGAUUGUAUUGUGGAUAAAGAGGUAGGGGGAAAGAGACUAAAGAUUGUGCAGCAGCCUUCUGAUCAAGAUCAUUGCAGAGACGUCAGCCAAGGAAAGAAAAACCUUACAAGUGAAGUAAGAAGGGACUGCCCUUUGCUUGAUACAAUUAAUAGACAGGUUUUAGAUUUUGACUUUGAGAAAUUAUGCUCAGUCACUGGCAGAAAGUUUAAUGUCUAUGCAUGUUUAAUUUGUGGAAAGUACUACCAAGGAAGGGGUCAUGAAUCCCAUGCAUAUACACACAGUCGCAAAGCAGGGCACCACGUAUAUAUCAACGUGCAGACAGAGAAAGUUUAUUGCCUUCCUGAUGGAUAUGAAGUAAAAGACCCAUCGCUUGAUGACAUUUGCCUUCUUCUGAAUCCAAGAUUUACGCUGGAGCAAGUUGAACAGCUUGACAAAAAAAGGCAAUGGUCUAGGGCACUUGAUGGGUCUAAUUAUCUUCCAGGAACGGUUGGGCUUAACAUCGUGGACAAGACUGAUUUUAUUAAUGUGACAAUUCAGUCUUUGAUGAGAGUAACUCCUCUUAGAAACUUCUUUUUAAUCCCUGAAAACUAUCAGCAGUGCGAAUCUCCCCUGGUUCAUCAAUUUGGAGAGCUCACGCGAAAGAUUUGGCAUGCAGGAAAUUUCAAGGGACAGGUGAGCCCACGUGAAUUCUUGCAGGCUGUUAUGGAUUCAAGUGAAAAACGUUUUCGUGUAGAUGUGCGGUCUGAUCCUGCGGAGUUUAUGUUAUGGCUUCUUAAAACCUUGUGUGCUGAUCUUAGAGGUUCAAAAAAAGGGAACAACAUAAUACGCCAGUGUUUUCAGGGUGAAUUGGAGGUUGUGAAAGAAAUGCACAAUAGGACUAUUGCUGAGAGGAGAGAAAGUGGUGGGAAUUCACAAAUUAAUGGUAAUGGGGAAGAUGGUGGGAAUGAAGCAGGCAAUUUUGUUUCAGAGACCAGCAGAGUGCCUUUCCUAAUGCUUGAGCUUGAUUUGCCGCCACCUCCUCUCUUUAAGGAUUUUAUGGAGAAAAACAUUAUCCCUCAGGUCCCGCUGUUCAACAUACUGAAGAAGAUAGAUGGUGAGACUGUGACUGAAGUUGUGCACCCUCGUAUAGCUAGGAUGAGAUUUCGUGUCAAAAAGCUUCCACGAUAUCUAAUUUUUCACAUGUGCCGGUUUACCAAGAACAACUUCUUUUUGGAGAAGAACCCCACCCUUGUUAAUUUCCCUCUGAAGAAUUUAGAGCUGAAGGAUUAUAUUUCGCUCCCUGCACCCAAGCAGAUUAGAAAAUUGCGCUCAAAGUAUGAUCUGAUUGCCAAUAUCGUUCAUGGUGGCAAGCCAGAAGAAGGAUCAUACAGAGUAUUUGUGCAGCGAAAAUCUGAAGAACUUUGGUACGAAAUGCAGGACCUACAUGUUUCAGAAACUGUGCCUCAGAUGGUUGCAUUAUCUGAGGCUUAUGUGCAGAUCUAUGAACAACAACAGUGAUGGAAAUUGACCCAGCAUUUUCAUUAAAGUUCUCUGCUUAGGGAAUUAUAUUUAGUAUUCGAAGAAGUGAUAUUUUUAAAGGAAAACUAGAGGUACCGCGGAUUAUACAAAUUUUUCAGUAUUUGACUAUUGAUGAAGAAUACAUCCAUACAAUUAUAUUUUGUCUUACUUUACUUGUAUGCACAUAAUAUCAGCAAGGCUCAGUAACUCGCAACUUUGGUUGAAUCCAAACUGGGUUUGCUGGCUUUGAAGCCUUACACCAGGACUAACUGGCGAAUUUGUAAUUCCCUAUUUAGACUUUUGGGUCCUUAUCUUUCUGAAUCUACAUUAGACACAGUCUGUUUUGUGUUGUUC